GCUAUGCAUUUGUCCUUUUUCGCAAUUGCUCGGUCUCAAGAUGCACCGAAUAUUAAUCAAUUCCCUCUAAAAAAUCUAGUAGGCAGUUACAUCAAAUUAUACAUAAACGCCAUUUUUAUUUUUUCCGGAUUUGGAAGGGUCAUUUGUUGAAAAAAAUACUAUAUUUAAAAUAUAUGAUUUAUUUAGAACUAAACAGUGCAUUCGCUAUUUUAUAUCUUAUAUAGCCCGCUCAAAAUUUUGUUGAGAAACAUUGUUGGUGAGGUGUUUGAGUCGUCCGACAGGAAGGCUUGAGCGAUGGUGGAAACUCAAUCCCAGAAGAAAAUAACGAACAAAACGAAGAGUUUUCAUUUUCGUUACUUAGAAUUGUGUAGAUCGAAAAAUUAUGCAGCACUGUCUGAUGUUAAGGCGAAAAACAAUAAUACGACAAUCUUGGAAUUUUUUGGCGACAAGCUCAAAAUCGAAGAUUGGCUACUGAUAAUUGAUGCCCUUUAUAAUGAUGUGGCACUACAUAGCAUGGCUAUACGAUUGAGAAGAACAUGUAAUAUGGUACUGGAAGGAGUGGAUACGGAGAGGAAGGCGCGUAUGUAUAAAAAUAAACCUGUUGUCUUCACGAAGUUUAUCUUCAGCGGGUUGGUGGAAGCGAUUUCCAAUUGUAUUAAGAACAACAAAAAUUUGACUUCGGUAUCCUUUGAAGGUUUGCCAUUAGUCGAAAGAUAUGUUGUAAAUAUUUCGAAGGCACUAUCAAGUAACGAAGUCUUACAAAGUGUAAGUUUUUCGCGAUCACCAUUGGGAGAUGUAGGCUGUGAGACCAUUUGCAGUACAAUGAAGCACUUGCCUAAUAUUGAAAGCUUAAAUCUUUCGCAAUGUGAUCUUACAAUUAAGGGAGCGGCAUCCAUAGCUGAUAUGAUAAAGUUCCAGAAAAUUUGCCGUUUUUCUGAAGGAUGGAUGAAAUCACUGAGGUACAGGGACGUCGACCCUGAGAGUAUCCGUGGCCUGAAACAAAUUUUUCUGAAUCACAAUCCUUGCAUCAAAGAUGAGGGAAUAAGUCUUAUAGCAGAUGUCCUGAAGGAAGAUGCGUGGAUUAAAGUGGUUGAAAUGGAAGAUUGCGGCCUAACGGAUAUUGGGGCCACACAUGUGCUGCAGUGUUUGGAGAGUAACGAAACUUUGACGGCAUUUAAUCUGAAGAACAACAGUAUAAGUGAACAUAUGCUAAAAAAUAUAAAAACACAAUUCUGCAGCGAGGCAGACUGCAUUGAAGAACCGAGCGGGUUGAUUGAGCAAAAAUCAAGCGUAUCUAAGAUCCGUGAUAGAUUGAAACUUUUAGAGGAGCAAAUCGCCACGGAGACAUUCCGGCGGAAAAAUACCGAAAAUCUUAAUGAACAUUUGCAUGAGCAAAUUCAAAACUACAAAAAAUUGCUGCUUGAAAAGGAGAAAAGUCAAAUUCCGGAAGGAUAUGUGAUAAUUGAGAAAAAAUCCUUAGAUGAAAUUAAGAGGCAACGAGACGAAUUCCGUAAGGCACUUUCUUCCCUGAAACGUGCAAAGAGCAAGAGUCAAAAGAAGCACAAGAUAAGGAAAGCGAAGAGCGAAACCAUAAAUAAAUACGCAGAACACACGAUACAGAAGUAUUCCAAGUCGGAGCAUGGAAUAUAUAAAUCAGAGAAUUCAGGCUUUGAGGAUAAGAAAGUUUACAUAGAACGCGACGUAGGAGAUAGCCAAGCAGUUGAUUCUCACAAUUGUAAGCCAGCAAACUUCGAAAUGUCCGAAUCCUCGAAUUUUUGCGGUAUGGAAGCUCUACAAAUUUUCGUGAAGAAGAAAGGUCAUGAUACAAAAAAUUCAAUUCCAUCUGAUAGAAAUAUGUCAGUAAAAUCAUUGUUUCUGGGAUGCAAAUUGUCUGAACGAUCUUCACGUCAGUAGAGAAGAGUAGUCGAGAGUAUUGUACUUAAAACUUGCGGAUAAGUCGGAAAAUUACGUUACAUGCAUAGAUUUUGUUGCAUUUUAAAAGGAAAAUUUUGAUUUAAUUUUAUAAUAACCCUCAAUAAAGAGAUGCAAGCACAUAA